AACCGGUAACAGUAGAAAGGUUGUAGGAUGCAGACUGAGGGAGCGAGAGAGUGAAAAAAGAUGGAGCCUAGAUGUGUAGAGUGUGGAUUUCCGAUCAAAACUCUUUUCGUCCAAUACUCACCUGGCAAUAUUCGGCUCAUGAGAUGUGAGAAUUGCAAAGCAGUUGCAGACGAGUACAUCGAAUGUGAAUUUAUGAUUAUUUUGAUUGAUCUGAUUCUGCACAAAACAAAAGCGUAUAGACAUCUUCUCUUCAAUGUAAUUAAUCAGCAUACGGUCAAUUUUGAGGGCUGCUUUGCAGGGUUCGUUAUGGAAGUCAAUCUUUGCGUUUCUCCUUCUGGAUGCUUAAGUCUGCUUUUGAAAAGAAAUGAGGGAGAGUGGGGUUCUUCCAUGAGUUUUUCUUCAAUUGUUUGGACAUUCCAAGAGAUUGUCCAGGAUGUCUUUGUCGGAAAUUUUGUGUUUUUCUGUAUUUUUCUUCUUUCAAUGAGGCUGAUGCUAAACACGACGAUUCAAAUCUCCAGGUGCAAAGACAUUUUGCUUGCCGUCCUAGUUUCAAGUUACUUCAAGAUUUUUCUUAUUGCCACAAUGGUUUGGGAAUUUCUAUCUUCUGUGAUCUUCAUCAUUGAUUUAUUUGUUUUAUCAUCCAACACCGUGGCAUUAAAAGUGAUCACAGAUUCAGCCAUGAAUAGAUGCAUUGCAGUCUGCUUCUGUGCACAGGCUCUUAAGUUGCUUGUCACUCAGGUGCCCGCUCGGAGAUUGUUGAGAUUUUAAAGCAUUGAUUGUUCAUUUUCAUUAUAUGAAAGCACAUCAUGCUAUGCCUAGUCAUUUCAGUUAAAAAACUAGUUGUCUUAUUUUUAAACGUGAGGAGUGCAGAUUUUAAACCCAAAAUCGCAAAUAUUGAAGUUCGAGAAAUGUAAUUGUGUCUUGGAGCCCCUUCAAA